GUCUCUCGCAGCACUCCAACCAAAUAGUAAUACUCCAACAGCAAAAAUUAUAUUAUUCCUAAAAUAAUAUAUCUUAUACACCUUUAAACGACACGACGACCAGCGAAGAUAUCAGCUAUGAAUUCCAUCCAAGUAUGUUUGGUGUUGGCGGCGAGUUGCGCUAUGUUGGCAUCGGCCGAUCUGGCGUCGUACAAGUUUGGAUACAACGCUAACGACCUGGGCACCGUCGAGCUUGACGCACCUGCACUAGGUUUAGUCAAAGAUUGCGACCCGCUGACGUCCGGUUACCUGGUCACCGGUUCCACUCCAGCGCCGCUCAUGCGCACCGCGGUCGAUAUCGAACCCGCUCGCAUCAUGUCCAUGACGCCGUCACCAAUCAUUUCCACGGCCUCCGAGUUCGUCUCCGUAUCCACCCCGGCACCGAUCCUGCGCACCGCGAUUGAUAUUGAACCCGCCCGCAUCAUCGAGGCCGCUCCAUUGAAGUUGGAGUCCAAAAUCAUGGCUAGCCCACUGUUGAGCGCUUUCCGUCCCGCGCUCGCAACUUAUGACUCGACCGCGUGGCAGGCCAGUUUGGAAAACGCUUCCCCGGCUCCGAUAGCUUUGAAGACGAUAACCAAAACCGCGAACAUUGUACCUACGAUCAUCAGCUCGGGAUUGGAAGCUUUGCCCGCCGUCCGCACCCAAUACGCCUUAGCCACCGCCGCCCCGCACGUCGAGUCCAAGAUUGUUGUACAUAAUUCUGCAGCUCCGAUCGCCAGGCCGUUGUCCACCCGAAUCUUGCCACUGCCAUCCGUGUCCUCGUCGUACUCGUACGCCCCGCAGACAUACGCUUCUUCAUACCUCAACUCGUACACAGCACCUCAAUACUAUUCAAGCGCAUCCAAAUUUUUAACUGCUCCCCAGUACUACUCAGCUGCUGCAUCCAUCGCACCCCAAUACUACUCGUCUGCUGCAGCCACUGCAUCUAAAUACUACUCGUCUGCUGCAUCAUACGCGCCUCAAUACUACUCGUCCGCUGCAUCCUACGCACCUCAAUACUACUCUUCUGCUGCAUCCUACGCACCUCAAUACUACUCUUCUGCUGCAUCCUACGCACCUCAAUACUACUCGUCUGUUGCAUCUAUCGCACCUCAAUACUACUCGUCUGCUGCAUCCAUCGCACCUCAAUACUAUUCGGCCGCACCCAAAUACUCAUCCAUAUCGGUAGCCGCCGACGAACCGUGUGACAAAUAGACUUUCCGUCGGUUUUUAAAACGUAUA